AUGGAAUUCCAAGAGGGAAGAAGAGAGAGACAGCUCUUUGAUCAAGAAGAACCCGAGGAUCCCUCUCAGACCCGCCGCGCUCCCUUCAUCUUCCACCAGCCCCCUUCGACCUCUUCCUCCUCGCAGAUGGACUCUACAGACAACGGCGGCGGCGUUGCCAUGGUGGAAAAGGAGCACAUGUUCGACAAGGUGGUGACUCCCAGCGACGUGGGGAAGCUUAACCGCCUCGUCAUCCCGAAGCAGCACGCCGAGAAGCACUUCCCCCUCGACCCCUCAUGCAGCGAGAAGGGGUUAUUGCUAUGCUUCGAGGAUAGAACAGGGAAGCAAUGGCGCUUCCGCUAUUCCUACUGGAACAGCAGCCAGAGCUACGUGAUGACCAAGGGCUGGAGCCGCUUCGUCAAGGAGAAACGCCUCGAUGCCGGGGACACCGUCUCGUUCCAGCGCGGACUUGGCGAAUCAGCCCGCCACCGCCUCUUCAUCGACUGGAAGCGCCGCCCCGACCUCCCCAUGUCCCCCCGCCUCAAUCAGAACCCCGCGAUAAUGUCCUUCGCCCGCUCUGUAGUCCCUUGGGGCAACUUCGUCUCCUCCACGUCGGGAACCUUUGAUCCCCGCCGACACCUGGGCUUCCCUUACAAUGCUGUCGCCUACCCCUCGGACACGUUCUGGUAUCUGAGAUCGGCGGGCACCCCAUCGCAGGUCCCAGUGCAACUUGGGGGCGGCGGACAUGGCACGCCCGUAGUUUUAAACUCGGUACCGGUGAUCCCCAGCAACGCUGCCGCCAAGAGGGUGAGGCUGUUCGGCGUGAAUUUGGAUUGCGCGGCUCCUGAAGAAGCUGAUUCGGAUGGUGAUUCCACGGAUCGUCUUCGACUGAGUCUUGGGGUCUCGGAGAUCCCCGAGUCGCCGAGCAAAGAUAAGCACCCAAUGUCAUUGGACCUGGAGAUGUAG